CAGCCCAACAAAGAGGCCAGCUCGUCGUUUCUGGGCUUCGCUCUCGCUCGCCACUGAAACGAACCAAAGUCGCAAGCCAAGCCACGUGCCCACGUCGGCGACGCCGCGGGAUUGCGGGGCGGGAGGACUCUUUCCUUCUCCAUCGCAAGCGCUACCGAGUCCCGACCAGAGUCAGAGCAUAUUAGACCCCUCUGGAGUUCCAGAUCGAAGAAAGGCCUAGCCCCUAGCCCGAAGGAAGAGAAAUGAAACCGAAUGGUAUGCCUGAGCCGCCAAAGGGCGUGUCUCGGAAUAGUUCACCUUCGCAAACGAAUGGUGAUUCGGAAAAGGUUGAUCCUGGACAACUUCCAGAGUUGACAUGGGAACACAAGUUAAGUCAUGUUAGAUAUGAUUUGCCGUCAUUCGGACUUAAAUGGAGGGAGGCAGUGAAGAUGGCCGGCCUUGGUUUUCGUCUUGGUCAACACAUCGUUGAAGAAACUUCAAAAGGACGAACUGCUAUUAUUGAUCCCAUGAAAAAGCGCACUGCCAAAUCUGGUCAGGGUGUUCCACUUGGUGGCAUUGGUGCAGGAAGUAUCGGAAGAAGCUACAAAGGUGAGUUUCAACGCUGGCAAUUGUUCCCAGGAGCUUGUGAAGAUAAGCCAGUACUGGCAAAUCAGUUUUCUGCCUUCAUUUCCCGCCAAGAUGGUAGAAAGUAUUCUACAGUGCUGCAUCCUGGGAAACCAGAUUUGCCAAAAGGAACUAACAUUUCAGGAAUUGGAUCCUGGGACUGGAACCUGAGUGGACAGAAAUCUACUUAUCAUGCACUUUACCCUAGGGCCUGGACAGUUUAUGAUGGAGAACCUGACCCAGAUCUCAAGAUAGUGUGCCGCCAGGUUUCACCAAUAAUUCCACACAAUUAUCAACAGAGCAGCUAUCCAGCUGCAGUAUUCACUUUCACAGUAGCCAAUUCUGGAAAUACAGCUGUCGAUGUUACUUUGCUUUUUACAUGGGCUAACUCUGUUGGUGGAAAAUCUGAACUCACUGGAUAUCAUUGUAAUUCUAGUAUGCUAGAAAAGGAUGGUGUGCAUGGUAUACUGUUACAUCACAGAACUGCUGAUGGACAGCCACCUGUAACUUUUGCUAUAGCUGCACAAGAGAAAGAGGAUGUUCAUAUCUCAGAAUGCCCAUACUUUGUAAUGUCUGGAAGCUCUGAUGAGUUCACAGCAAAAGAUAUGUGGAAUUCUGUGAAAGAGCAUGGAUCUUUUGAUCUUCUUGAUCCCAUCGAAGCAUCAAUAUGCUCCAGACCCGGAACAUCAAUAGGAGCAGCUAUUGCAGCUUCAGUUAAGCUUGCUCCCCAGUCAACUAAGGAUGUGUCAUUUUCACUUGCAUGGGCUUGCCCUGAAGUAAAGUUCUCCAGUGGAAAAACAUACCAUAGGCGUUACACAAAAUUCUAUGGCACAGAUGUUGAUGCAGCAGCAAGCCUUGCCCAUGAUGCCAUUGUUGAUCAUAGUUCGUGGGAGAAGCAAAUUGAAGAGUGGCAGAAUCCUAUUUUGCAAGACAAGAGGUUUCCCGCGUGGUAUCCAGUCACACUUUUCAAUGAACUUUAUUAUCUGAAUGCCGGAGGAUCUAUAUGGACAGAUGGAUUGCCACCAAUUCAAAGUUUAACAGCAAUUGGGGGGAAAAAGUUUUCUCUUGACAUGUCAAAUGGAGAAACUGAUGAUGUUGAUGAGAUGAUCCCACAUAAUAAUACUGCCACAGAUAUCCUUCAGCAAAUGGCAUCAAUACUUGAGAGAAUUCAUGCAUCUCUUGCAUCGAAUUCUGCCAUAGGAACAACUUUGCUUCAGGGUGAAGAGAACAUUGGCCAGUUUCUCUACCUUGAGGGAAUUGAGUAUUAUAUGUGGAACACAUAUGAUGUUCAUUUCUAUGCAUCAUUUGCACUUAUCAUGCUUUUUCCUAAACUUCAACUCAGCAUUCAGAGAGACUUUGCUGCUGCUGUGAUGAUGCACGAUCCUGAAAAGCUCAAGCUCUUACAUGACGGAAAAUUAGCACCAAGAAAAGUUCUAGGUGCUGUUCCUCAUGAUCUUGGCCUAUAUGACCCAUGGUUCAAAGUGAACGCAUACACACUCCAUAACACAGACCGCUGGAAGGACUUGAACCCGAAGUUUGUACUGCAAGUUUAUAGAGAUGUUGUGGCCACAGGCAAUAAAUCCUUUGCCCGCGCUGUUUGGCCAUCCGUUUAUAUGGCGAUGGCAUAUAUGGAGCAAUUUGAUAAGGAUAAAGAUGGGAUGAUUGAAAAUGAGGACUUCCCAGAUCAAACUUAUGAUGUGUGGUCGAUGGCUGGUGUAAGUGCAUACUGUGGUGGUCUUUGGGUGGCUGCUCUUCAGGCUGCAUCGGCCUUGGCACGUGAAGUUGGUGAUAAAGCUUCUGAAGAGCUUUUCUGGAACAAGUAUGAGAAAGCUAAGUCUGUGUAUGGCAAGCUUUGGAAUGGUUCUUACUUUAAUUACGAUGAUGCUGGCACCAAAGUUAGCACUUCCAUCCAUGCUGAUCAGUUGGCUGGACAAUGGUAUGCCAAAUCCUGUGGUCUCUCCUCAAUUGUUGACAAGGACAAGUCACAAAGUGCACUAGAAAAAAUAUAUUCUUUCAAUGUAAUGAAAUUCAAGGAUGGUAAAAGGGGAGCAAUGAAUGGUAUGUGGCCAGAUGGCACAGUGGAUAUGUCCACAAUGCAAUCUAGGGAGAUAUGGCCAGGUGUGACAUAUGCGCUCGCUGCAUCUAUGAUUCAAGAAGGUAUGGUUGAGGAGGGCUUCAAAACAGCUGAAGGGAUCUAUCAUGCAGCUUGGUCUCCAGAAGGACUUGGAUAUGCAUUCCAAACUCCUGAAGCUUGGACCAACGACGAUGGAUACCGGUCCCUUUGCUACAUGCGGCCACUUGCUAUAUGGUCGAUACAGUGGGCACUAUCAAGCCCAAAGCUUCACAAGGAGCCUCAGAGAGAUUUAGCACAAGAUUCUUUCCCAAAGAACCAGUUCUCGUAUGCGCGAAUAGCGAAGCUCCUGCAGUUACCUGAAGAUGAAUCAUCCAAGAGCUUCCUUCAAGUGAUUUAUGAGAUAGUUCGGAACAGGUUUAGUUCAUGAUCAAAAUGUCCCGGCAUGCCUGGAUGCCCCAUUACUGAAACAUUGAUCACUGUGAUUAUCGAUUGCAAACACUUAUUGGUUAGCACACAGCAGUGCAGUUAAUGGCAAUAAAGUUGAGAUUGGUUAGGACAUCAGUACACAGAGAAACGCUUCUUUGAACCGACCUCAUGUGUGUGUGUUUUAAUUGUAAUUCUGGGUGCAACAAGAGGCAAACCAUCGAUUAGAUUUUCGAUGAGAAAUAUUCACCAUCUUUUCCAGUCUGGUAAAUUGCAAGCUCAGUUUCGUCUAGA